ACGAGCUGAGAGCAGGCGAGAGAUAGUGAAUUGCUCAACCGUGAAACUGUGAGCUAUCGAGACUGAAUAGAGAAAAGCGACGCUAUUUACAAAUCAGGUUUCACUGAAAAGUUCUUCGAGAUGCUGUGAUGAGGAUGACGCGAGGACCUCCUACACGUCAAGCUCAAUAAAUAAAGUAACCUUCACACCUGGACGUGUCGUGCUGGAUCACAGAGGGGAAUACAUACAGUCAUUCGGGAAGACAAUCCAACUUUUUUCUCACCAUGCCAAUUUAAUUUGCUCGCCUCCUCCCCAUCUUUACGUUUUGCGCUGGAUGGAGAACUAGCACUUUUUCACUGUUUCCAUGGAAUGAGUGGCUCUCUCUUUGGAUAUCUCACAGUGGCACAUAUGUGGAUUGCCUCCAAUAUGUUACUGCCGAAUCGGCCCAGGUGCAUAUGGGCCAUUGAAAAUUCUCUUUCUUUUGCGCGUGAGCACAACUGGGGCUUCUGCCCGGUUUAGGAAUAACAUAUUGAGUAUUGCACACAUCACAGUGCGAUAAGCGACAUUGAAAUUGACAAGACAAGCAUCAUUCCCCUGAUUACUAUGCAAUUGCAACUGAUCUCCAUUGUUUUGAUCUUGCAUUUUAUGGAAUACACAAACUGUCAGCAUCACGGCUCCAGGCACCGGGGAAACAAACAGGUAUCAGGCGUGAGCUCCCAGGGCUGCCAGGGAGGCUGUCAGACCUGCUCGGUUUACAAUGGCUGUCUGACCUGCAAACCCAAGCUUUUUAUUCACCUGGAGAGGGACGGGAUGAGGCAGAUCGGAGUGUGCCUGGCCUCCUGCCCCAAUGGUUUCUACGGCACACGUUCCCCCGACAGGAACGACUGCAUAAAGUGUGGGUCAGAGUGCGACUCGUGCUUUAACAGGAACUUUUGCCUGCGCUGCAGAGCAGGAUCCUACUUGCACAAGGGCAAGUGCAUGGAGAGCUGUCCAGAUGGGCUGGUGCCGAGCGAUACCAAGAAAGAGUGUGUUGCUGCAUGUCCAGCGCUCUGUGACUUGUGUCAGAACAGUGACACGUGUACGAGGUGUGUGUCGGGACACUUCCUUCAUGCAGGGCAAUGCCAUCAUGUCUGUCCUGAUGAAUUUGAGCCAAAUGACUCAAUGGAGUGCAUUCCGACAGUGCACUGUGAAGUGAGCGAGUGGAGCGAGUGGGGCACCUGCUCGCGCUCGGGAAAAACCUGUGGCUUCAAAUGGGGUGAAGAAACAAGGACCCGGAAGGUCCUACAGAAUCCUUCUCCAAUGGGGAGCCCAUGCCCUCCAACUUCUGAAAAGAGGGAAUGCUUUGUCAAAAAGAAGAGAUGUAAGCCGCCGAAAGGCCAGCGGCGAGGAGAGAAGAAAAAACGCUUUAACCUGCAAGAGAAAGUGACUGCAGAGGCCCGUCGAGAGAGGAAGAGGGAACGAGAGAAGGAGACAAUCGACCGAGAGGAAUCCGAAAGCAGGAACAAAACAGAACAGCGCCGCCGCAGGGACCAGAGCAGAGACGCUGGAACAGUAUAGACAGAUGCUGCUCCUCAUUGCUCCUCUGCCUUUCUUUCCUCUAUCAGUCCAUGUCACCCCCUCACCCUCUUAUCCCCUCGCCGAGGGGGUGUUGCUGCUACCUGUAUAAUUUAAACGUAUACUGUAUAUGCACAUGAGAGAGGGGCGCAUUGCAGACAGUGAGGACCUUCACCCCCUCGGGCCCCGUCUGGUGCUGGAUUGAGGCUGAACUGUGUAACAGGGGCCAGGAAUGUCCUAAGAUCCGUGGAAUGGUUUAUUUUUUUAAACGGGGUCCAGGUACAGCACUGCAUCGUGGUUUGAAUGUAGGUUUUUAAGACAUUAAAGUAGAGUUUUUGUAUAAACGUCUGUAUUUUUUUGGAGGAGGGCGGGGGUUGAGUAAAUUAAAAUUAAAUGAGCAUGCUUACCGUCGCCACGGACAGCCUGAGACUGCAUGUGGAUGGGUGUAUGAACUGGCUUUCUUCAUACUGGAUGAGCGACAACAAUCUUCGCCGCAACAGUGUAUUAACUUUUCGUUCCAUUCUCUCUCCAAACAAAGUGUUGAUUUGCCUGUCUGUAUAAACAGGAUCCGAGCUUUCCAUCGAAGCCAUCUGACCAGAAAUCAAAAGCACCUGUAUGUCAAAUAAACAAAUACCAAGUUUGUA